UCCCCCCUGUCUCUCCAUUCGUCGUGUUUUCCUCCACCAGUCCGCCACGUCCUAUAUAUUAUUCUCGCAAUUUUUUUUUCGCUUGUCCCUCGACUCCCUCCCCCACACAGCCACUGCCACCAGUCCACCACCACGUCCCCGCCGUCGUCGCCGUCCGCCUCACCCACGCGCGCCCCGUCGCGUCCCGGUGCUGCUGGGAGGCGCGCUCGCUUGCUCCGCCGCGCGCGUCCCCGUGACGCUGCUUCCGCGCGCCGCCGCCGCCACCGCCACCUCCGCAGCGCGUGGGUUCCAAGUCAAGGCGGCAGGCGGGGCCGGGGAGAGCGGACGCCGCGGGAGGAGGGGGAUAAGGGCGGCCGCGGCGCGGGCGUGAGCUGCAGGAGCGGAGCAGAGGCGGCGUUCGACUCGGGCGGUGCGCUGAGCUCGGGGAUCGGCCGCGCGGGCCGGAGGAGGAGGAGGAUGGCGCAGGCCGAGGAGGCGCAGGCGCCGCUGCUGCAGGCCGAGGAGGCGGACGCCGACUGGAGCUCCAGGCCGCGCCGCAUUGCUCUCUUCGUCGAGCCGUCGCCCUUCGCGUCAGUCCACGCCUCUUCCCAAGCGUUCAGCUGCUGGUCUGAUUAGAGUAGAUCGGAUCGAGCUACAUCUCGGGGUACAAGAACCGGUUCCAGAACUUCAUCAAGCAUCUACGAGAGAUGGGUGAUGAGGUGUUGGUAGUAACUACACACAAGGGAGCUCCCGAGGAGUUCUAUGGAGCAAAGGUCAUUGGCUCGUGGAGCUUUCCAUGUCCGUUGUACCAAAAUGUUCCACUUUCGCUGGCAUUGAGUCCCAGAAUAUUUUCUGAGGUGAAUAAGUUCAAGCCGGACAUAAUUCAUGCUACUUCACCUGGAAUUAUGGUUAUUGGCGCUCUUGCUAUAGCAAAGAUGCUAUCAGUUCCAGUGGUGAUGUCUUAUCACACACAUCUUCCAGCGUACAUACCGAGAUACAAUUUAAAUUGGUUACUUGAGCCCACAUGGAGUUUUAUAAGAUGCCUCCACAGAGCUGCAGAUCUCACUCUAGUUCCUUCAGUAGCUAUUGCUGAAGACUUCGAAACUGCUAAAGUAGUACCAGCAAACAGAAUACGGCUUUGGAACAAGGGUGUUGAUUCUGAAAACUUUCAUACUAAAUAUCGGAGGCAUGAAAUGCGCGUCAGAUUGAGUGGUGGUGAGCCAGAAAAACCAUUGAUAAUACAUGUGGGCCGUUUUGGACGUGAGAAAAAUUUGGAUUUUCUGAAAAGGGUUAUGGAGAGGCUCCCUGGAGCGAGAAUUGCUUUUGUUGGAGAUGGACCAUACAGGACUGAGCUGGAAAAAAUGUUCACAGGCAUGCCAGCAGUUUUCACUGGAAUGCUACAAGGUGAGGAGCUCUCACAAGCAUACGCCAGUGCAGAUGUAUUUGCAAUGCCUUCAGAGUCCGAGACUCUCGGGCAAGUAGUUCUGGAGUCCAUGGCUUCUGGAGUCCCAGUUGUUGCUGCUCGUGCUGGAGGAAUACCCGAUAUAAUACCCAAGGACAAGGAGGGCAAGACUAGCUUCUUGUUUACACCUGGAGAUCUCGAUGAGUGUGUGAGGAAGAUAGAGCAGCUCCUUAAGUCAAAAGAUCUCAGAGAAUCUGUUGGAAAGGCUGCCAGGGAAGAGAUGGAGAAGUGUGACUGGAGAGCAGCCUCACGGAAAAUCCGCAACGAGCACUACAGCAGUGCAAUGUCAUACUGGCGGAAGAAGAUGGGCAAAACUUGACUAGGUUUCAUCGUUCCAAUCAGGAACCAUUCUGAUGCUGCCCUCUCCAACUAGUUGCUGUUAAUAACUAAAAGAAUUUGUACAUUGUACCCAAACAGCUUGCAAGUUUGUGUGGCUAGCUGCAUUCAUAUCUCCACAGUUAUGAUGAUUGACCGACUACUACUUGUAUGAAAUUCAUGUACAUUAGACAGCCCUUUGAGAUUGCCCAUUGUAAUCGGUUAACGCAGAAGAUUUGACGCAAAUGCUCCAACAACUUCUAAGUAGUA